CUCACCACAGAGGGAGAGGUGUUGCCCGUUCUGCGGGUCCGGACCCACGACCGGUUUCUGGAGGAGAUGAGGUACGAUGAGAGGUACACUCCUCUCCUACAGAGGGCUGGCUUGGACGUCUUAUCGUACCAGGUCCGCCGUGGGCUGCCCACUUUCAACCCAGCGGCGUUGACGGCUCUGGUCGACAGGUGGCGGCCAGAGACUCACACUUUCCACCUUCCCUGCGGUGAGAUGACCGUGACGCUUGAAGAUUGCCAGAAGAUUCUUGGUCUCAGCAUUAUGGGUCGUCCAGUGACCGGUCAGGCAUCACCAGGCGGUUGGAGGCAGAGGGUGGAGGCCUUUCUUGGGAGACUGCUUCCGGAUGAGCUACGAGGUAGCCACAACACCGGAGUCCCACUGACCUGGCUUAGGCAGAGCUUUGGGCAGUGUCCACCUGGUGCAGAUGAGCAGACGGUUGGAUACCAUUGUCGAGCUUGGAUUCUCCAUCUCUUUGGUUCAGUUCUUUUUCCAGACGCGACAGGCGACAGCGCGUCAUGGAUGUUUCUGCCCUGCCUGACUGACUGGGAUACGACCGGAGGUUACAGCUAGGCUUCAGCAGUGUUGGCC